AUGGCGUUCAAGGAUAUGUGGAGACUACCUGACGGCUCAGUCCACUGCCUCCACCACCAGCCCGCCGUCAGGCUUUUUUCCAAAACGGAGGCCAGUAUGGGAAGGGUCUUCUACAAGUGCAGUAAACCGCGGGGCGAUGUCAGGAAUUGUGGUGGAUUCGUUUGGGAGGACGAUGUGCAGUUCUUACAAUUAUGGACUGGGGAUUCAUCUACCGGCGCGCAUUCUCCAGACGAUAGCACAUCACCAGGAUCCACUGUGACUUUGGCCUCUCAACCCUCAACCCCCAACAGGCUGCCCCGGACCACGGAGGUCCAACGCGAUACUCAAGUCGCCGAGGGGUCCACCUCGAAAGCGAAACCAACUAUCAUCGACCUCCUCCUUACGCCCCCUCCAAGCAACCUGAAAGGCAAGGGGAAGGGGAAACGCAAGUUCGAUGAAUCUGAAGAUGCGCCAGGUGAAGGUAGUCCGACUCCGGCCAAAAGAACUCGGGGCGAUCACGACAAUGAAUUGGAACAAGCUGAAAGUGCUCUUAGUCCCUUGGCUCUGAAUGUUCCUCCAACUCCACGAGAAGGCGGGGACGUCAGGAUGCGACCGUCUGCACCAGAAGACCAUCGCAUGGGAACUCAAGAGGGUGCCGGAAGUAACAAUACAAAUACAGGCGUUCCCAUUGCUGAUCCUGAGGACAAUCCAUUUUUCGUCCCUCCGACUAGGGCCGCCUCCUUAUUGCCCCAAGAGCAGUUCGGAUUCCUAGACGAGAAAUCCACCGAGAUCUCCGCCGCAUCACAAGCCCUCACCGUACAACUCUCCUCACUGACGGGCAAACUCAAACGUGAGGUCGCCCUAGUACGGGGAAUUAGUGCUGCGAAGGAUCAACAGAUUGCGGAAUUAGAGCAGGAGAAUGAACGUUUAUCGCUCAAAGUACAAUGCCUUACUUCAGAACUCACUCUCCUCAAGGCUCAGUUACUCGACUAA